AUGGAGGAACCAAGGCAUUCAAAGCGAUUUCGCUCCAUGGCCCCUAAUCAAGCCUCAGGUGGGUGUUCUACAGAGCCAGGCUGCUCUAUUGUGGACUGUGAAGACUCCCUGGAAGCAGAUGGGCCCGCAGAGCCAGCCCAACCUGCAAAACAGAUUGCCUACGUUAAACCCUUGAGACGGGAGCCCCCAGCUCACACAGAGUUGGCUCGUCCUGCAGAGAGAGGUCGGCGGCGGGGAAGAAGCCAGCGGGCAGGGAGAGGGCGAGGCCGUGGCAGAGGGCGUGGGCCCCACAGGGACGCUGGCCAGAGACAGAGGGCAGAACGUUUGCUGGAACCAUACAUGGACAUCCAACUGCACCACCAUGGAAGGCCAGGCCACCAGGGGGAACCGGAAAUCAGGCAGACCGCAGCCUUCUCUUUUCCUGAAACAGCUCCUAUACCUGGAACUGUACAGGAAGGCCCUGACCCUGAUAUGGCCCAUCCUGAGGUAGGGCGUCAGGAGCCGCCCCGUGUCUCUGAGCCUGAGGCUGUCAACGGGCAGCCCAUGUUGACCCUCUAUCGCUGCAUCGGGUUUAGGGCUCUGGGUGGCUCAGAUGUUUUACAGGUCAUUCAAACCCCCCACGGCAGUUACGUGCAAGGGAUCCCAGUGUUCGUCGCCGACAUUGCAUACUGA